ACAGUUCAGAAAGGAAAUUAUGAUUAUAUAUUGGACAAUCUUUUUGUUUUACGCCAAUAUGGGUUGUGCACUUAACAACGAUGUAAUCCAACCAGACCCCGUGAUAGUUACACAACUGGGACAAAGUGUAUCACUCAAUUGCUUUUGUCAAUCUCAUUUGAUCAAAGUCUCUUGGUUCAAGCAAACUGUUGGACAGAAGCCUCUUCUCAUGGCAUCAUCAUUUUAUCACACUCAAAAUAUUUUUUACUCCAACAACUUUAACAAAGACUUUACUAAGACUAAACGUUUGAGUGUGAAGAGAGGAGUUGGCAGCUGUAACCUGACCAUCUCCAAGACAGAGUCAGGGGACUCAGCUACAUACUACUGUGUUGAUUUGUUAGCGAGGGAAGCCACAUUUGGAGAAGGAACUGUUUUAAUUGUCAAAGAUUCAGGGUCCAACCACAUGUCUGUGCUCCAGCAGCCUGUGUCUGAGUCGGUCCAGCCAGGAGACUCUGUGACUCUGAACUGUACAAUACACACUGAGACCUGUGCAGGAGAACACAGUGUCUUUUGGUUCAGACAUGGCUCAGGAAAAUCCCAUCCAGGAAUCAUUUACACCCAUGGAGACAGGAGAGAUCAGUGUGAGAAGAGCCCUGAGGCUGGGUCUCCUACACAGAGCUGUGUCUACAACCUCCCCAAGAGAAACCUCAGCCUCUCUGAUGCUGGGACUUACUACUGUGCUGUGGCCUCAUGUGGGGAGAUUCUGUUUGGGAAUGGGACCAAGCUGGAUGUUGAAUGUAAGUUGUGCAUAACCAAAAUACAGCACUACUUUUCUCUCAAAUGGUUUGAAAUAUAG